GCUUUUCUAAUGGCUCUGUUCAGAGGUGCCGUAUCCAGGGACCUCUCAGUGAUGAAGUUGCACUGCUUGAUGACAUCCACUACCUGUCCUCCUCCUCUGUGUAGAGGGAUGUGCAGUGGAGUUCUGGAUUUGGAAGGAUGAAUAUUUAAACAGCCCUCUUCAAUCUUGCUUCAAAAUGUCCCUGUGCACAUCUUCUCACAAGGACUUUUCUCAGUUGCUGCCACUUCAGGAUAUUGGAUGCAAUAAAACAGAAAUGAAAAAUUCACCUGCUGGUGUCAUCUCUCCAGCUCCUUAUGGCUGCAAUCAGUCCACACUGGCAGCAGAACACAGUCCAGUCUACAUUCCCUCAUCUUACAUGGACAACAGACAUGAAUAUUCCUCAAUGGCAUUCUGCAGCCCUGCCAUGGUGAACUACAACAUUGCCAGCAAUUUUGGGGACCCAGAGGGCGUGGCUGCAAGGCAAACCUCCAGCCCCAGUGCGCUGUGGUCUGCUCCUGGCCAUCUGUCCCCUCUGACUCUGCACUGCCAGUCCUCCCUGCUGUAUGCAGAGCAGCCCAAGAGCCUGUGGUGUGAGGCACGACCCAUGGAGCCCAUGCUGCCCGGGAGCAGAGAAACAUUAAAAAGAAAAAUUAAUGGCAAUGACUGUACAAGCCCAAUUGCAAAUAAUCCUGGCUCAAAAAAGGAUGCCCACUUCUGUGCAGUCUGCAGUGAUUAUGCUUCAGGAUACCACUAUGGGGUCUGGUCCUGCGAAGGCUGCAAAGCAUUUUUUAAAAGGAGCAUUCAAGGACACAACGAUUACAUCUGCCCAGCCACCAAUCAGUGCACCAUAGACAAGAACCGGCGCAAGAGCUGCCAGGCGUGCCGGCUGCGCAAGUGCUACGAAGUGGGGAUGAUGAAAUGCGGCUCGAGGAGAGAACGCUGCGGGUACCGAAUCCUGCGGAGCCACCGCAGCCCCGAGGAGCGGCCCUGCGCGGGCAGGGCCAGGAGGUACAACGAGGCAGCCACGCGGGUGAAGGAGAUCCUGCUGAGCUCCGUCAGCCCCGAGCAGUUCGUGCUGACCCUGCUGGAGGCAGAGCCGCCCCACGUGCUGGUCAGCCGGCCCAGCAAACCCUUCACCGAGGCCUCCAUGAUGAUGUCCCUGACCAAGCUGGCGGACAAAGAGCUGGUGCACAUGAUCGGCUGGGCCAAGAAAAUUCCUGGCUUCAUUGAUCUCAGCCUCUAUGACCAAGUCAGACUCUUGGAGAGCUGCUGGAUGGAAGUUCUAAUGAUUGGUUUGAUGUGGAGGUCCAUCGACCAUCCUGGGAAACUGAUUUUUGCACCAGACCUUGUAUUAGAUAGGGAUGAGGGGAAAUGUGUAGAGGGAAUUUUGGAGAUCUUUGAUAUGCUCCUGGCCAUGACCUCGAGGUUCCGAGAGCUGAAGCUGCAGCACAAGGAGUAUCUGUGUGUCAAGGCAAUGAUCCUCCUCAAUUCCAGCAUGUUCCCCUUGUCAGCAGAGGAGCCUGAAAGCAACAGGAAGCUGCACCACCUGCUCAACGUGGUCACAGAGGCUUUGGUGUGGGUUAUUGCCAAGAGUGGCAUCCCCUCACAGCAGCAGACAACUCGCCUGGCCAAUUUGCUGAUGCUCCUCUCUCACGUCAGACACGCCAGUAACAAGGGAAUGGAGCACCUCCUGAGCAUGAAGUGUAAAAACGUGGUGCCAGUGUAUGACCUGCUGCUGGAGAUGUUGAAUGCUCACACCCUGCGAGGGCAAAGGAAGUCCCCAGCCACACACCCCGAGUUUGGCCCGCUGGAGCCCACGGAGCCUGGGGACAGCCUGAGGAAUGGGGCACCCCAGUAACUGUGUCCAGACCUGGAAAUGUGAGGCUUUUUCAGAGCUAUGGGAGAAAACAGAGCUGCUGUGAUGGGGCUGCAGAAGUGUGAGCUAGUGUGAGUUCUCUUCCCUUCUGGAUUUGCACAUCGGUGUCUCGGGAGAGGGGCGCUCACCUCUGUGUUUCUGACAUUGCAACAGCUGCACUGCUUAGUGCCUUUUCUGAGACUCUGCAAAAGCACCUUAUGAAAUCAAGCCUCAGAACAGCACUGUGGGACAGGGAACUGCUGCCUCUCCUUCUCAGAGGCAGAACUGAGAGGGAGAGGGAAAGGGACAGGUUUGAGAUGGCAGAAGAAGCUUGGAGAGAGCACGUUGGUCUCUGUCUCCCAGAGCAAGACUUUUGAGCACUGACUGAACAAUGUCCUCUUUCAGCACUGGCUGGUGUGAAAUGUAGAACAGCAUCAUUUGGGACAGAUGUUUACCUCUGUGCUGGUCCCUGGGGAAUGCCUGCUCUGCAGCUGAUCUAGAUAAAGUGCCGAGAUACAGACAGUGUGAAGGAGCUUAUUCUCAAAUAUGCAAUGGCUGCAAGGGCCUUCAUUUGAAGAUCAUUUGAAAUAGCUUCUAGGGUCAGUUCAGAGCUUCUGCUGAAAGUUUAAAUUGAUCUUAAGUUUGUAUUUUGUGAGCUUGUUCUUAACACUCACAUUAUUAUCUGCUUAUAAUUCUUCAGUGCUUUAAGCAACAACCAAAUCCUCUGAAUAUUUCAGUCAAUGCUGACCUUUGAAAUGUGUUUUGUCUGUGAGAUUAUCAUGUUGUUUUAUAUAUUUAUUAAUGAUGUUAAAUCUAUUCUAAUAAUUAGGUACAAGAAGUUGCUCUGUGAAUAUUAACUGUUUGUAUUUGUAUAUGAUCUGCUGAUCAGGCCUUGUGAAACCAGCUAGAAAAAAAACAAACCUUCCCACCCCUUUGACUGGUGUGUGGAAUUACGUCCUGCCCACCCAAAACCUCUUGCAGGGGGUGAGGCACAGGAUGGGAACAUGGAUGGGGAUCUGUUUUUGUCUGCUGCCCUGAGGUUUGCUGCUUGCUUGUUCUCAGCAUGCAUGGCACCUUGUGCUGUGGUCUUCACAUCUUUACAGGAGCCCUCAAAGAGCGAGGAUGGGGAUAAAGGUAAAUGUAAAGAUAAUGUGAGGAUGGGGAUAAUGGUAAAGAUAAUGUGAGGAUGGGGAUAAAGGUAAAUGUAAAGAUAAUGUGAGGAUGGGGAUAAUGGUAAAGAUAAUGUGAGGAUGGGGAUAAAGGUAAAUGUAAUGUGAGGUUGGGGAUAAUAGUAAUGUAAAGAUAAAUGUAAAGAUAAUGUCAGGAUGGGGAUAAUGGUAAAUGUAAAGAUAAUGUGAGGAUGGGGAUAAUAGUAAAUGUGAAGAUAAUGUAAAGAUGGGGAUAAUGCAAAGCACUACUUUGCUUUGCAAGUGUGAUGACUUGUUUGAAUUACAUUGAAGAUGUAGUGGUUUAAACUUCCUUUUUGUGAUGAUUUCUGCAUGUGUUUGAGCUGCACUGAGUAAAACAAAACCUGAUUAAAUGGCCUGGCUGACGACCUCAGAGAUCAGCAGGGUGGCAUCCUUCAUUCUGGUAAUUGUCUCUCUACAUGGAAACAUUUCAGUAUAGCACAUGCAUGUUCUGGGCAUUAUGGUGAAAUUAAUUGGGAGCACACCAAAAGUCUAUUUUGAGCCAAUAAGUCUUUUGCAUUAGGGACCUUGAUUAGUAUGCCAUUUGCAUAUUUUGGAUAUUAGUCAAACCAUUAAUCUUGGUGGUUUUUUAAAGCCAAGGACAGUAUUUUUUAUAGGAGGUUUUCAGUGAGUUACAUCUAUUGCCUGUUUUGAUCUUGUACUAUACCAGAUGCUGCUGCUGAUCUAAAUUUUUACUCUCUGCCUUUUUAUUGUUUUUAAGAAACUGUAAUAUAGCAGUGUCCUUCUAAGGAUGUCUAGUAUUUACAAUGAAAAAAAUGAAAAAAAUGUGAGUACAGUCUAGAAUUUAUUGGUACUUUCAUUUUGAGAAAUGUUUUUGCUGUGAAACAAACCUGUCUCAGUAUUUCUUGGGCUUGAUUGUGUUCUGGCCUCACUGCCUGUUGUGUUGAUGUUUCUCUGAUUUCCUUAUCCUGUGUCCUCUUUUGGUUUAAUACAGUUUUUCAAAGAAAUGUUGAAGUGAUUUGUUUGUUUUGCUUUAAAAGUGCUGAAUUUAUGUACAAUCUUGGAACAAACUUUUUGAGGAGAAAAUGGAAAAGACGGUAUAAAUCAUGAAAUUACCUUCUAAAUGGAAAUUUGCUGUGGAUUGACUCUGUAAAAGGGAUACGCUGCAGUUUUGUGCUACGUGGUGGUGUUCAUAUGUGUUGCUGUUAGUACAGUGCAAAUAGGAAAACGAUGUGAUUUUAACCUACUUUUUGUCUUGUUCAAUAUAAUUUUAUUAAAAGUUUCUAACGUGUUUUAAAAUGGGUGAAAUUCAAGAGCUGUGGAGUCUGGAUUGAUGUAGCUGUGUCCAUUCUGGGAUGAGGAGGAGCUGCUCACCUCCAGCAGCACAGGGAGGGUGUGCAGAGACUGAGGAGGGGUUUCUUGAGGGAGAUGUUGGGUUUGUCUCGGGUCUGGAUCCCCCAGCCUGGCUCAGACGCUGCAUUCCUGUGAGGACAUCCCUGUCCCUGCCAGAGCUGUCACACUGUGCUUCCCCUGGGUCUCAGGGCUUUUCCAGCCUGGCUGUGGAUGAGUGCAGCCCUCAGGACCUGCAGGCCUCUGAGGAGGGAGUAUUAUUGUUUUAUUGCUUUCCUGCAUUGCUGGGCUGUAACUCAGCUUCUGCUGGCACCUGGCAGAGGUGCUGCUGCUGCUGCUGCUUGCAGAAAUUGUGCUGCAGUGCUGGGACUUUCACAGAGGUGAGCAAACCUGGCUCAGGCAAGAGGCACUACUGUCAUGAGUUUAAAAAAAAAAAGGAAAGAGAAAAGGAAGGAAGGCCAAACUUUUUACCAGCACACACAAGGAAAACAUGCUGAGCUGCUGCUCAGCUGGAACUGGAACCAGAUGGUAAAACAAUCUCGGCUGGUUUUUUUUCUCUCUUUUUUUAAAGAAAUGUGGUUUCAGACAGGUGAAAUGCUUUGUCUCCAGGAAUGUGAGACCUUUUCCACACCUCUGUCUUCCUUCAAGUUACCCAUUUUUAGUGCUGUCAUGUUUCCAGACAGAGAGGAGAGUGUGUGGGAAAGAUAUGUAGAGGUGUUGAAAUAUUCUCCCUUGAGACAGUGCCCAACAGGGUACGUGCUCCUCUAAAAUAGCAAAAUAAGGUUAGCAAACUAAGCAUUUGAAGUUAUUUUUUAAAUAAAUAUGCAUAUUUCCAUAGUCAUCUUAUGUUAAUUCCUUGCUGACUGAAUGAUAGAUCUAUACAGGGAUCAUCAUGGUGAAAGGAGCUCAUCCUUUUAAGUGUACUAAGUGCUGGAAUUUUUAAUUUUAUUUGCUUAUUUUUACUUUACUUACUUAAUUUUACAGCUGGAUGAGCUGGGGAGUAUGAAAAAUAUUUGUUGUAUUUGCAUCAUUACAGAGGCUUGCAGAGCCUAAAAAUGCAGUGAGGCCCAGAAUGUUGCCUGUUGAUCCUAUUUUACUGUCACCAGCCAUCAUCCUCUUCUGAGGUAAGAAUUUUGGUCUUGUUUGGAUUUCUAUCAUAGAACCAUGGAAUGGUUUGGGUUGGCAGCGACCAUCUCCCCUGCCAUGGGCAGGGAUACUUUCCACCAGACCCAACUGUCCAGAGCUUCAUCCAACCUGACCUUGAACAUUUCCAGGAAAGGAGCAUCCACAGCUUCUUGGGGCCGCCUCUUUCACUGUCUCAACAGUGAAACUUAACUCUUUACAGUUAAGAGUCUCCUACAUUCCUCAUGCAUUGCUGAGUGUUAGCAAUUUCCAUUUAAUGCACAAAGAAAAUGAGACUUUUCUGCUAUAAAAAUGCCAACAUCUGCUGCUACUGCCUCAACAGACAAAGCCUUCUUCACUCAUCACAUAUUAGCUGGCAUAGCCAUUACCAGUGCUCACUGCACAUCUCCUAUGCCUAUUUUCCACAAAAUGUUUUGUUCUGAGUCCUGUCAUUUUAGUUUCAACAUUUCACUCUCUGCGAGUUUGUAAUGGAAAUGACUGAAAGUGGUGCCUUUUAAAGCACUUUGUGUGUUUAUGGUAAUGUGAAAAUAACCCCACAACACCCCAGCCCCUCCCUUUCCCCAGCUGUCUUUAGCUCUGUGAACUGAUGCUAUUUGUCUGCUGUUGUGUUUCAUUCAGUUAUGGAUUGGUGCAGCUGACUAAACAGGCACCAAAAAUGUAAAUAAGUGGCUUUUUGUUCAUUUCUCAUGAGCAGGUAAUGUGUGUGCCCAGUGACUGAGGGACCUUCCACCACAGCAGGUUUCUCCAGGCCCCAUCCAACCUUGAACACUUGCAGGGAUGGGACAGCCACAGCUUCUCUGCAGAACUUAUUCCAGCACCUCACCACCCUCACCACAAGGAAUUUCCUCCCAACACCCAUUCUACAGCAGCCCUUUGUCAGUUUAGAGCCACUUUGUCCCACCACUACAUCCCCUUGUCAAAUCCCAUCUCCAGCUCUCUAGCAGUUUUGGCUUGGUUUGAUUUCUCAAUGCAUGUGCACAACCACCAUGGGGCUGGGCUUGCUCUCACUGCUGCAUCUGACCUCUCUUUAAAAUAUUUUUUUCCUUCCCUGGCCACUAACAGUCCAGUCCUGAGAGAGAUGAUGAGAAAUGAAAUUGUUGGGGCUAUAAAAUGACUUGUUUAAAGCAGACUUCAGUGUCAGCCUACAGGGCAGUGAUUAUAAUCAAUUGGAAAUAAAACUAUUUAAAAUAGGUGUGGAAGAAAAAAGAUUUAAGCUAUUUCUCAGACAUUUUUUGUGACAUUUUGAAAUAAUUUCUUGAAAGCUCCUCUUUUUAUAUAUUACAUCAGCUCAACAAUUUGAUAUAACUGUUCAUAAUGAAAGGAAAUUGUAGGCUAUGAAAUUUUCCUUAAACCUUUUAACAUUGUUCAAUUUUUUCCCUUGCACAGGUUAUUUAAUGGAAGAAGAACUGAAUAUCACAUCAGCAACUGCCUAUUACUUCUUGGGAAAAAGGUCUGCACAGGCAUUUGUGACAACCUGGCAAUGAAAUAAUGGUUGGAGCUGGCUCCCUUCUACAGAGCAGGAAACUUAAAUGAGCUCAUCUUAAAGUAAUUGCUUUGAAAAUAUCAAAUAAUGAUUGCAGAGGGAGAGAGGACAGCGUGUGUGGCUGUGUGCAGUGAGGGGGAUCCAUCUCUGGAUACAGCCCCAGUGUGUGAGCUGUUGGUGCUGGAGCAGAAAUCUGGCACCACCAAACAGCUUGUGAGUUUAGUUUAAUAUCCUGGAAACAAACCACAGUGGGUUUGCCACCAUGGCUGGGCAAAAGCUCCUGGUUUGGCCAUUCUCUGAACAUCAGGACAAAGCAGUUUGCUUCAUAAAGCCCCCUGCCAGAAGAUGGGGAAUCAGCAACCACCAGUGGUGACAAGUGUAAAAAGGGUGGGAGAACUCAGAGGCUAAUCAGAGACCUUAUUUUCCAUGGGUAAGCAGUGCAGAAAGUGGGGAAUUCCUGGGUCAUUUUCACUGCAACACACACUGAGUUCUCCUCCACAUGCAUUUCCCCACUCCAGCACUCCCACUACAGAAAGUCAGUUCCAGAGGGGUAAAUAGUUCAGCAUUUCAAACUAGGAAUAAGCAUUAAUUGGUUCAACUUUGUAUUCUUCCUCCAGGAAAGCAGUUGCAAAGGAAAGGAUCUGUGCCACAGAACACAGGUUUGUGAU